AUAAUAAAAAGUUGUUCAAACCCAAUUUUUACGUCAUUUUUAUUAACUAUUAUCAAAUAUUUUCAUUACAGCUCCGAUUUGGAAUCUUUACAAUUUCAAUUGACCUGCGAAAUACCACGCAUCAAGGUUAGAGCACAGUAUCGUUCAACUGGCGUUUUAAUUUUGGUUAAAGCUUCUGGUGCCGGUGAAUAUUGGGGCGAAUAUGAGGGCGUUAAAGCUAAAAUUUAUUUCAAGGCUUUGCCACAUGAGGGACCAGAUGGCCGCACUUACCUUACAGCCGAUCAAGUAAAAAUGGAUUUCAAUGUCAAGGACAUUCAAAUGGGUGUCGAUAAUAUUGCCAAUGGCAAUUCUGUUAUACAAGCUGCUUUAAAUCUUUUCAUCAAUUCCAAUUCACAAGAGUUGCUGAAAGAAAUGAAACCAGCUUUGCGCACAAAACUCACAUUGGUCAUACGUAAUUUCAUGGAUCGUCUGUUUGCGAAAAUUCCCUUGGAACAGUGGGUUAAUCUGAAUUAGUUAUAAUUAAUCGUUAAUCGUGCGAAAACUAUUUAAAUAAAUUAUAGUUUAAGCUUAAAUUAAUUAGUAGUAAAAUAUAUAAAAUUAAAAAAAUUCGCAGUAAUUUUAA